UGUACAUUUUCGGGUAUUUGCAAGUAAAAAAGUAACCAUAACUGUUCAUUCUCACCUAAAUAUAUUUCACAUGUGUAAUACUAUUAAUUAGUAUCAUCUUAAGCUUGAGUUUAUAUAAUCUUAAGUUAAAAGAUUCAGGUUCCUGCAAAUGUGUGUGAUAUUUAUAGUAGAGAAAAGUGUGCAGCUCUUUCAGAAGCAGCAGAUCUGAUCAGAAGCUAAAAUCUAUAAAAGAUGAAGAAAUCCAAAAUUCUUUGCCUUCACGGUGGUGUCGACAGCAGCGCGCGCCUUGAGGAACAGCUUCAGAAAUGGCCAUCAGAUGUACUGGAAAGGAUGGACCUUGUGUUCAUAGAUGCUCCUUUUCGCGUUGAUAAUGAAGAUUUUCCGGCUUUUACCUGGUUUGACGGUCAAGAUGAAACCACACUGAACAGCACGUUUAAUGAGUCCAUCGCAUACAUUGAGGAGACUAUGGUAAAGCUUGGCCCCUUUGACGGGGUUCUCGGCAUAUCUAUGGGAGCUUGCAUAGCGGCUGCCUUACCGGGAAUGCAAGCCCAGGUAAAUUACUUCUCACUUCCAGACCUAUCUGUAAUUUAAACCGGGCACAAAACUUAAUCUGUCAGACAAAUGAGUCUGUCUCAAUUGCAAAUGAGACUGUCUCUUUUAUAUAAACUGAAGCAGUUAACAGCAGAUAAAACGCAGUGAAUAAAUGACAGACAAAUAAACAAGAACAACACCAAGAAUUUUCACUUGGUUCGGCCCCUAUUAAUCUAUGGCCUACAUCCAAGUCCCCGUACCAACUAGUACAGAGAUUAUAUUAUUAAACAAUAAUAUAAAGCUUACAGUUUGCCGAUUACAAAUUACAAGCCUCUGGAAGAACCCUUCCCUUUGACACCACUGUCACCUAGCACCUGCUAUCCAGCCCACUGGCUAACUUAGCUUGAAUUUGUAAUCCUAUCUAAUUGCCACAACCCGGCACAAGUGAAUAUAAAUAUAUUUAAGUACAACUCAGAUUGUAUAUCUUCUAAGGCUGACUGAAAUAGUGAAUGAACGCUCUGUAAUAGAAGAUGAUUGAAAGCUCUUGUAGUCUGAGUUGAAAUCCCAGCUGAAUAUAUAUAGCCUGUAAAGAAAUAGCUGUUGGGAAUUUGAAUUACAGCUGUUAGGAAUAAAACUAACCAAGCUAAUAAUUAGGACAAUGUAACAGAUAUACAAAGAUAGAAUCUGAAGAAUAAAUCUGUUACAAUAUGACUGUUUGAACAAGUUAAACUGUUAAGAGAUAAACGUUAGAGUUUAACAGUUUAAAUAUAAAAUAAGUUGGAUAAACAUGAAACAAUAGGAUAAGAUAAUUCUGGUUUAUCCACACACAAGUUUGUUAAACCAGUAAGCCCUGAAAGAUAGAACAAUAUGAUGCAUCAGACUUAGUCAACAUACUAUCUGAUAUUCAAAGCUAAUCAUCAGUAAAAACUAAGGGCUAACAAUCUCCCCCUUUUUUAUGAUGAUGAACAACUUUGAAUAGUUGUACUUUGCUCCCCCUGUCAAAUUCACUUGAUACAGAUUAUAGAAUAGAUAAAUAAAGCAAAUCUGUAACAAGAACAAAAGCAAUAUCUAGGAUAUUACACCAUAAAUUCAUGCCACAAAAAUAUCCAGAAUAUCCAUAAAUUCAUAAAAUAUUCAUAAGCAACACAAACACAAACCAUGUCCCUAAAAUCAAGCAUGCAUAAACAGAGAGACUGCCAUAAACCAGGCAGAUACCAAAUACCAACUUAGUCUUAAACAAACCAACAAACCACCAUCAACAUACUUAGUCUUAGUCUUAGCAAAACAAACACAAAGAAAUAAAUAGAUUAAUUCAAAGUUUGGUAAUUCUCCCCCUGCAGCAUCAUAAAAAAUCAGUCGUCAAGAUUCACCGUUUCAGCGGCUUUGCCCUUGGAGCGCUUCUUGCGAGAGCCAGAUGGAGAGGCUUCAGGAUAUUUGGGUUCCUGACCGUACAGAGAAAACGUUUUGUCAAAGAAAUCAGCAGAAGGAACCUUGCCGUCACGGGUAGAAAGCCAGUCCAGAAUCUUCGCGCGGUAUUCUUCAUGAGUCAUGCCAAAAACAGCAGCAGGAGGUAUGGCAGGUAGCGGGAGAGGAGGAGUGAUCUCUGAAAGGGUGCAAUCGCCCAUCCAAUCCUUUUUCUUGAACCAUUGAGCACUAUCCCGAGUAGUCAGAGUCGAGACCUGCUGAGAAAUGAACUUGGUUUCCGAACCAAGCAUGAAAAAUAGCUUGACAAAUACCUUCUCCCAAGCUUUAGCAGAAGUGAGCAAAUUGUCCUGCAAAGAACCAAAUUCGAAAUCCACAUGUUUUCCAAACCUCUGAACAAGUGUCUUCAGAUACAGCAGCUUGUCAUCAAUAGAAGCAAUCGAAAAAGUCACAGAACUACCAAAAGCAUCAAUUUUUGAGUUCAAAGAAGCAAGAGCCUGAGAAUUUGCUUCUACUUUUGCAAGUAAAGUACCAAGCAAGUCAGAAACAUCAGAAGACAUCGGGGAAGGUUUAGUGUGUGAAGGACCAGCGUCCGAAGGAAAUUUGGAUGGUAAAUCAAACACCAACAAAUCAUCAUUUGAGACAGAUAAAUGAUUAACAGCAAGCACACGAGAAUCAAAUACAUCAGAAACAGAGAUAAUCUCAAAGUAAUGAAACAACUUAGUCAACAAAGCAGGAUAGGGAAAGUGCAUCGAAUCAUGAGAAACACAGUGUUGCAUGUGCUUAAGAAUAAGCAAAGACAUGUUAAAGGGACGACGGGAAUGCAACAGAGACAAAAUAGCAAUAUCCUGAAAUGUGACCCUAUCACGACCACUUUUACGAGGCAAGAUGUUUGUAUGAAUAAACUUGAACAGAAGCAAGGAGAUAGGAGUAAGAUCAGAUACCAAAGGGCGAGCCGAAUCAGAGACCGCAAAGUGAGAACCCACAAUAGACUCAACCUGAGCAGAAAACGGCAGCAGCAAAUCAUCUUCAACAAACGGCUGGUGAGUGGUAAAGGGACACACGCCCUUUCCAGAGAGACCAAAAAUGUGAGCGACCAAAUCCGAUUUGAGCGACAGAGGAACGCCCUUCACAGUGGAGGAGUACAUAGUGUCCGUGAGUUGCUUGAAGUUGCUGUAGAAUUCCCGAACCAAUCCUGGAUAAUAAACCGUCGGAGGAUCAAGUAAAGCCGAACAGUGAAUGUCUUCAGACAUUUGAGCGAGACCCAGCGAGAAAAGAGAUCAGAAUCGACGAGUCUUUCGUGAAGAAUCGGCUUUGUCACCAUAGCCGAGGCAGGAGGUUUGUCGAACACUGGUGAAUGGGAGACUGGGGAGCGAGAGAGAGGUGGGGUUUGUGAUGCUCCGUCCGAUGCGGAACUGGAGGAUAUUUCACGGCGGCGACGUUUGGGCUUCUCGGUGGAUGGAGGAUUCUUCGAGGGACGUUUGCCUGAGGAGCGGAGGUUAGCCAUGGUAAUGGGAGAGAAAGAGAGGGUUUAGAAGUGCGUGAGAAAGAGUUGAAGGAAGAAAGAGAGUAAACUAUAUAUAUAUAUAUAUAUAUAGACGAGUAGGGAGGUGAAAAGACGUGACAGAAGGACGUGAGGAGGGAAGACGUGUAGAAGUGGCGCACGAGAAACGAGAUAGAUAAAGUGAAUCUAACUGCAUGGAAAAUCAAAAGACUAAGCGGUUGAAAACCGAUUGACCACACACAACCAUGGAUAAACAUUACACCUAAUAGAGAGAAAAUAGCGGAACUAAUGAAUAAUAUAAUAGAUAAUCGUGACAGAUAAAAUGUAUACAAGGAUAAGCCUGGCAUAAUUAUAGGAAAAACAGGUAACAUACGAAUUUUAAAUGGAGCACAUACCGAGUUCCAUGCGUAGCCUGCAAAAUCUAUCCUCAGCUAACGGUUUUGUAAAUAUAUCAGCCCUUUGAUUAUCAGUGGGAAUAAAAAUAAGCUCAAUAUUACCUUUAGCAACAUGAUCUUUAAGAAAGUGGUGACGCACAUCAAUAUGUUUUGUGCGAGAAUGCAUUACAGGAUUCUUAGAUAUAUUAAUCGCAGAGGUAUUAUCACAAUAAAUAGGAAUAUUAGAAAAUUUAAUACCAAAAUCUUCUAAGGUUUGUUGCAUCCACAAAAUUUGUGCGCAACAACUACCUGCAGCGACGUAUUCUCCUUCGGCAGUGGAAAGAGCAACUGAUGUUUGCUUUUUACUAUGCCAUGCAACUAAGCAAUCACCUAAGAAUUCACAAGCUCCACUUGUACUCUUUCUAUCGGUUUGUGAACCUGCAUAAUCUGCAUCUGAAAAACCAAUUAAAUCGAAAGACGGGGAACUAGGAUAGAAUAAUCCCAAGUCGUUAGUUCCCUUUAAAUAUUUAAAUAUUCGUUUAACAGCAUUUAAAUGUGAUUCCUUGGGCAUAGCCUGAAAACGAGCACACAUACAUACACUGAACAUAAUAUCGAGGCGAGAGGCAGUAAGAUAUAAUAAUGAACCGAUCAUACCUCGAUAUUUGGUUACAUCUAGUGGCUUACCACCCUCAUCUUUAGUGAGUUUUGUUGUGACACUCAUUGGUGUAGCCUUAGGAGUGACAUUUUCAAGAUCAAAUCUUUUGAGCAAAUCUCUAAUAUAUUUACUUUGAUGUAGAAAGAUACCUGCAGCAGAUUGGUUAAUUUGCAAGCCAAGAAAAUAUUGUAACUCACCCAUUAAGCUCAUAUCAAAUUCCUGAUGCAUACAAUCUGAAAACCACUUACAUAGAGAUUCAUUAGAAGACCCAAACACAAUAUCAUCAACGUAUACUUGAACCAAUAAGAAAUCAUUCUUUUUAUGAAAUAUAAAUAGUGUAGGAUCGAGUGUACCACGAAUGAAGCCAGAAUCCACAAGGAAGGUGCUAAGGCGUUCAUACCAGCAUCGAGGAGAUUGUCGAAGACCAUAGACUGAUUUCUUGAGACGAUAUACAUAAUCAGGAUGCUUUUCAUGAACAAAACCAGGAGGUUGCUUUAGAUAGACCUCUUCGUGUAGAUAUCCGUUGAGGAAUGCGCUUUUAACGUCCAUUUGAUAUAGUUUGAAGUUUUUGUGAGCUGCAAAGGCCAUAAGAAUCCGAAUAGCUUCGAGACGAGCUACAGGUGCAUAUGUUUCAUCGAAAUCGAUACCCUCCUGUUGAUUGUAUCCCUGAGCCACGAGACGAGCUUUGUUCCGAAUUACAUUGCCAUCUUCAUCCUUUUUAUUUUUGAAAACCCACACCUGGUGGAGGAGGAACAAGCUCCCAAACAUCACAGCGUUCGAACUGGUUCAAUUCCUCUUGCAUUGCCAUUGACCACUGUUCAUUUUCAACAGCUUCCUGGGCAUUUUUAGGUUCGAAUUCAGCAACAAAAGCAUAGAAAGCACAGAAAUUGCGUACUUGGCUGCGUGUAGUGAUGCCUCGAUCAAUCUCAGAGAGAAGAUUGUCUGGUGGAUGAUUUUUGACCGUUCGAGAUGACUUUGGCAAAAGAAUAGAACUCAUUUCUUCUUCAUUAGAAUUAUCCGCCUGAUAGGGAAUCGGAUGAACCUCUUUAGAUGGAGGUACAGGAGUAGAUAACUUAGGAGAUCCAGAAGAUUCAGGAGAUUCUGAGGAGUCAGGAGAAGAAUUCUGUUCUGGAGUUGCCUGACUCGAAUGAGGCAGUGGACUUGCUGAAUGAGACGCUCCCUUUUCUGAAUGAGACUGACCCAUUUGGGUCUGAGUUUAAGAAUCUGCAAAAACUUCCUCGUCUCUGACCAGAUCAAUGUCAGACUCAUUGAAUGUGAUAUUAAUGGAUUCCUCUACUUUAUUUUUCUCAGGAUUGUAAAAACGAUAAGCCUUACUUGUCGUAGAGUAUCCAAGAAAUAUACCUUCGUACGCUCGCGGAUCAAACUUGCCACGGUUUGGCAUAGAAUCUAGCAUAAAACAUUUAGAUCCAAAUACUCGAAAAUAACUAAUGUUAGGAGUUUUCUUCUUCAAUAAUUCAUAAGGAGUUUUUAAUAAAAUAGGACGAAUGAGAACUCUAUUAAGAACGUAACAAGAAGUAUUUACCGCUUCUGCCCAAAAUUUCCGGGGCAACUUACUUUCAUGGAGUAGAGUACGAGCUGUUUCUUGGAGAGUACGAUUCUUACGUUCCACUACACCGUUUUGUUGUGGAGUACGUGGAGCUGAAAAUUCAUGGGAGAUGCCUCUGGAUUUGCAGUAAGUGAUAAAGUCUUUUUCAAAUUCGCCUCCAUGAUCACUUCUGAUUGUCCUGAGCUUCUUGGAAUACUUGGUUUCAAGGUUAGAAAUUAAAUCUUGAAACUCACUAAAAGCUUCAUCUUUUGAACGAAGAAAUAACACCCAAGUAAAACGAGAAAAGUCAUCGACUAUAACGAAAGCAUAUUUCUUACCUCCUAGACUUACAUACCUUUCUGGACCAAAUAAAUCAAGAUGAAGUAAUUGCAAUGGAUCUGUAGUAGAUACUUGAUUUUUGGCCUUGAAUGAAGUUCGAACUUGCUUACCCAAUUGACACGGGGUGCAUGGUUCAACCUUCUUGUACUUUAGCUUAGGUAGACCUCGAACUAGAUUCUGAGAAGAUAUUUUCUUCAAUAAAUCCAUGUGCACGUGACCGAGACGUCUAUGCCAUAGAUUUUGUUGAUCCUGGAUGGUUGCUAAGCAUAUUUCUUCCUGUUGCUCAUCAAAAUCCAAAACAAAAAUAUUUCCUUUUCUUUUGGCUACUAAAGGAGCCUCAUUAGAAUUAGAACUAAUAAAACAUGUAUCUUUAGCAAAUUUGACACUAUGCCCUGCAUCGGUUAGUUGACUCACACUGAUAAGAUUAUAUUUUAAACCAUCAACUAAACGAACAUUAUUUAUGGAGAAUUUUUCGUUACCUAUGGUACCUUUACCAAUAAUUCUUACUGUGUUGAAAUCUCCAAGAGUAACCAAACCUCCUUCCUUAGCCACUAAAGACAGAAACUUUGAUUUGUCUCCCGUCAUAUGGCGAGAACAGCCACUGUCUAUGAUCCAUUUGUUUCGCGGAAUAUUGGCUUUCAAACACACCUGCAUACAAAUAUAUAUUUAUAUUUUAGGUACCCAUUUCAUCUUGGGUCCUGCAGUGUUAGUGUCAACAAUUUUAUAUAAAUGCCUUUCAGAUUUCUUAAUCCACAUUUCCACAAUAUUAGGAGAAGCACGAACAAAAUGGUUAGCAAAAUGAUUCUUAAGAUCACAAAGAAUCGACUUUGACGUUGGAUGGCCCUUUCUGUUGCAAUCUGUGCAUCUUUCAUAUGGCAUGUUGUACUUCAUUUUUGAUCUUUUGUUCCCUUUUCCAAAUGCUUUCUUUUUGAUCGAAUUGAAGCCUGAAUGAAAGCCCAAUCCUUCCUUUACAAGUGAAGAUUUCUGACUAGCUAAUAGAGCAUCCAAGGUUCCUUCACCAUGAACAAAUUUCGCCAGAUCUUUCUUUAACAAGUCAAUCUUUUUCUGGAGUUCAUCGAAUCUUUGUUGAGUGAUGCCCUUCAAUUUUUCUGAUUCACGAACAGUGUUGGCUUCCUCCCGUAGAGCUGCUAGAUCAGAAUCCUUUUUGUUAAUCUCGCCUUUCAGAGAAUCAUUCUCUUCAACCAGUGCAGCCAAUUUCUCAGAGAGAAGUUUGUUCUCCAUUGCAUAAGAUUCCUCCUUGAGCGUAUCAUCCAUCUCACUUAGCACUUCAUUUAGAGCCUUCUUAAGAUAUGCAUUUUUAUCACGAAGCUUCCUGUUCUGUACCUGAAGAGCUAAUAGAUCUUUCGGAAUUUCAGAAUUAGAGGGAAUAGUAACAGAAUGUACCUCUUCAUCAUCGCUGGAGACUUCCUCAAUGCCUGCCAAGCAAAGUUGCGCUAGCUCAUCAUCAGUGUCUACUUCGACGUCAGAUUCAUCAUCGCUCCAAGUCAGUAGGGCCUUGCUCUUUUUCUUUUCCUUCGAGCCAGACGCUUUCUUAGCCUUCCAUUUGAAGCAAUCCUUUUUAAAAUGACCCUUUUUGCCGCAUUCAAAACACGCAUCAUCAGUAGAAGUGUUCUUGGUUUCCUUCUUUGGUGAAUUGAAUUUUGAUGAAUUGAAUUGUUUCUGGGGUCGAGCAGCAGCUUUCUUUUUAGCCAAAAACUUCUGAAAUCUCUUUGUCAAAAGAGCAAUUUCUUCAUCUGAGUCAUCAGUGGAGUCAAUGUCAGCAUUGAGAGCAAGAGUUUUCUUUCUGGGGGCUUCUUCUUCCUCAUCAUACCUACGCAAUUGGUUUUCAAAUUCUUCCAAUUCGCUGAAGAGAGUGAGAGUUUCCAUCUGAGAAAUCAAUGCCGAAUACUGAAGAGUAGUUACUUUUGGAGCAAAUUUCUUGGGCAAUGAUCUGAGAAUUUUGCGAUUGCUUUCUGCCUGAGGAAUAUGCCUUUCCAGUAGAGCAAUAGAGUUCAUGAGAGUGAGAAAACGUCCUUGAGCUUCCUUGAUGGACUCAUCUUUUUCAAGUCUAAAACUUUCGUAGUCGCUGAGCAACAAAUCUAGCUUGACUUCUCGAACCUUAGAAGUUCCUUCAUGACUAACGACAAUAGUAUCCCAGACUAGCUUUGCAGACGUGCAUGCUGAGACCUUACGCAAUUCAGUAGCACACAAACCAUUCAGUAGUGAAUUCAUAGCUCGAGCAUUAUAGUUUAGAGAAUUGACUUCAUCAGUAGUAAGUUCCUUGACCGGUUUUGGUUUGCCAUCCCUCAUAGGAAUAGUGAUACCAUUCUCAACAGCAUCCCACUCAUAGGUGUCCUUCUGGAGAAAAAUCUUCAUCAUGAAUUUUCAAUCGCUAUAAUUUUCAGUGCCGAGAAGAAGAGGUGGAACAUUGUUUGAACGACGUUCUUGCCAACUUGAUUGUGCCAUAGGAUCUUGCAAAAUAAACACUUAAAACAAGGUAAAAUGCACCUGCUCUGAUACCAAAUGUAAUUUAAACCGGGCACAAAACUUAAUCUGUCAGACAAAUGAGUCUGUCUCAAUUGCAAAUGAGACUGUCUCUUUUAUAUAAACUGAAGCAGUUAACAGCAGAUAAAACGCAGUGAAUAAAUGACAGACAAAUAAACAAGAACAACACCAAGAAUUUUCACUUGGUUCGGCCCCUAUUAAUCUAUGGCCUACAUCCAAGUCCCCGUACCAACUAGUACAGAGAUUAUAUUAUUAAACAAUAAUAUAAAGCUUACAGUUUGCCGAUUACAAAUUACAAGCCUCUGGAAGAACCCUUCCCUUUGACACCACUGUCACCUAGCACCUGCUAUCCAGCCCACUGGCUAACUUAGCUUGAAUUUGUAAUCCUAUCUAAUUGCCACAACCCGGCACAAGUGAAUAUAAAUAUAUUUAAGUACAACUCAGAUUGUAUAUCUUCUAAGGCUGACUGAAAUAGUGAAUGAACGCUCUGUAAUAGAAGAUGAUUGAAAGCUCUUGUAGUCUGAGUUGAAAUCCCAGCUGAAUAUAUAUAGCCUGUAAAGAAAUAGCUGUUGGGAAUUUGAAUUACAGCUGUUAGGAAUAAAACUAACCAAGCUAAUAAUUAGGACAAUGUAACAGAUAUACAAAGAUAGAAUCUGAAGAAUAAAUCUGUUACAAUAUGACUGUUUGAACAAGUUAAACUGUUAAGAGAUAAACGUUAGAGUUUAACAGUUUAAAUAUAAAAUAAGUUGGAUAAACAUGAAACAAUAGGAUAAGAUAAUUCUGGUUUAUCCACACACAAGUUUGUUAAACCAGUAAGCCCUGAAAGAUAGAACAAUAUGAUGCAUCAGACUUAGUCAACAUACUAUCUGAUAUUCAAAGCUAAUCAUCAGUAAAAACUAAGGGCUAACACUAUCUUGCACGCGAUACACCUAAUCAGAUUUUUCCUCUUUUUAAUAAAUAUAUUUUUCGAGAUUUUAAUUGUAAUAAAAGAUGAUGCGGAUGUUGUCUAAAAUUAUUGAGAAAUUUAUUGAUGCGGACUGUCAUGACUUUUUAUUUUUGAAAUAAUGAUAUUUUUGGGACAGUUUGGUGUAUAAAAUUCCAUUUUUAACUUGUGUACGGUAAUAAUGAUUUAGUUGGAUGCAGAGAACAAUGUGAUAGAUAUUGAGGGCUUCAAUUCCUUGAUUGAUAUUGAUAGAUUCGAUUAGGAAAUUAAGAUUCAGGACUGCACUUUCUCGGUUGGGGCUUUGAAUUGGAUGUUCGAUUCCUUGAUUAGGCUUUGGCUAAGUCACUGACAAUGAUAAUAUAAUUAGGUAUAAUUAGGUUGUGUUUACUUGGAGUGAAUGGAAUGAAUUAAAAAGGUAUUGAUCAAAGAAAAUGUAUAUAAUUUUCAUUCCUUCGAUCAUUCCAAUCUUACUAUUUUAACUAUAACUCUAAUCCUCAUGUUUUAAAAGGAAUGCUCAUUCCAUUUUUACAUCAUGUUUCUUCACAAUCUUUCUCACAAGAAAUUUAACUACACUCAUAUUUUGUCACUAUUAAUUCAUACUUUCUUCUUUCUCUUUAAAAAUUCGAUAUAAUUUUUCAUUGUAUUCUCCACUCAUUUCAUUCCAUGAAGUGAAGUGAACACAGCCUAACUAGUGUAUGUAGAGCAGUAAAGUUACUCGAGUGUAAAUAAGAUGAUCUGUAUUUAUGUUAUUAACUUAAAUAUAUUUUAGUAUUUUCAUAACUAUUUUGGUUAAUCAUUAGGUUUUCAAUUAAUCACGGUGAUAAAAUCGGAAAACCGAAAUAUCGAAAUUCAGAUUUUUGGCUGUCGAGAUAUCGAACUGAAAUAUUCAAUUCAAUUAACCGAAUCGCAAUCAUUUCGGCUAUUUGAUACAGUUUUCGGUUAACCGAACCGAAUA